CCAAACAAAAAGCCAAAACGUUAGUGUUAACGAUUAAACGGUAUAUUUUUUUGUUUUGUUUUUCGUCAAUUGAUUGUGAUUUUGAAACGGUGUGAUUGCAAAAUAAUUAAUCUGCACAAUAACCAAAAAGAAAGUUCCUUAGGCAAGUGAUAAAAGUAAUAAAACGACACGGCAUAUAAACCAAAUAAAAUACAACAAAUAAUAUCCAGCGCAUAUCCAAUAUAUCUCCACGCACAUAACCAUCAAGAUCCAGCGAGGACAAGGAGAAUAUUUGCUUUCUUAGCUACGCCCAGGACACGCAGCAUGCAAAUAUGAUUUUCGCAGUGGGAUUUUCGUCUAAAGUGAUUGUCGUGCUGGCCGCCAUCAUGCUGGCCCUGUCGCUGUCCGGCAGCCACGUGGCCGAGGCCAGUCCCGUGACCGUGACCACAGAGGAUGGUGGUGUGCGCACGCGCUGUGCCGACUUCCUUGCGGAGUCCAUUCAACUGAUCUGCAGAAAUCGCACACGCUCGCUGGCCGAUGCCUAUCCCAACAGCUUCGGGCGUCGCAACAAGCGCUUCUCCCCCGACGAGAUAUUCUACAGGCCGCUGCAGAAUGGACCCACACACGACUGCUGCAUCCGCCCGUGCAACUACACGGAGCUCAAGCAGUACUGCGCUCCCCCCGAGGAUGAGAACUGAGUGCGAAAGACCCGAGCGAGCACCAGCCAGGCCUAGGCAUACAUAAAUAUUGC